AUGUCGAGUAGAAGGUCAAGAUCUAGGCAGUCGUCAACCGCUGCUAAUUGUAUGAUCACUGAUGAUCAAAUCAAUGAUUUGGUUUCUAAAUUGAAUCAUCUUCUUCCUGAAAUCCGGAAUAAUCGCUCCUCUCAUGAUAAGGUAUCAGCAGCAAGAGUGUUACAAGAGACAUGCAACUACAUUAAAAGCUUGCAUAGAGAAGUUGAGGAUUUAAGUGAACGUUUAUCAGAGUUGUUAGACAACACAGAUUCAACCCAAGCUUCCAUCAUCAGAAGUCUACUUAUGCAAUAG